AUGCCAUCGGGUGCUCGCAAAUUUCUACGAUACGUCCUAGGAGACGGGAAGUCGCUGAAGCUCACAGAGAAGCUACAAAGAGAUGUCUUGGAGAAACCAGAGGCGAGGGGCAUUACAAAAAUCAAUGUCUGGGCUACUAAGGUGACACUUGAUAUCAUCGGUAUUGCGGCAUUUGGUCAGGACUUUGACACGCUGGAAAAUUCGGAUGAUAUUUUGGCCAAGACACAUGACGAUGUUUUGAAGCCUACACCAGCAAAAAUGGCUAUUUUUGGACUGAUGAACUUCGGCUUGGAUUGGUUGAUGGGACUUAUCCCUGGAGGUGCUGUAGGGCAGCUUGAGAAUGGUACAAACGAAUUCUCCGACGAAGAGCUGGUGGACCAACUAAGGACGCUGAUUGCGGCUGGACACGAAACAACUUCAUCGUCCUUUACGUGGGUGGUUUAUAUGCUUGCCCUAAAUCCAGAGAUACAGUCUCGGCUGCGUGAAGAGAUCCAGAGGAAUAUUCUCGAGGACCCGCUAACAGAUGCGGAUCAAGACCUAGGCGGGCUGCUAGAGUCUCUUCCAUUGCUGAAUGGAGUCUGCAAUGAGACGCUGCGUUAUCUACCCACUGUGCCUUUGAGCAUGCGAGUCCCUAACAAGGACACCACAAUUGUCGGCCAAAGCAUCCCGAAAGGAACGGAUAUAUUCAUUAUACCAUACACAAUCAACCGCUGUAAAGAACUGUGGGGACCGACUGCAUGUGAAGUCAAGCCCGAGAGAUGGAUCGAUACAGAAACGGGAAGGCCAAACAACACCGGAGGUGCAAGUAGCAACUAUGCGAUUAUGACGUUUUUGCAUGGUGCACAUACAUGCAUUGGCCAGAGCUUCGCAAAGGUGGAAUUGCGGGCUCUUGUUGCGACAUUUGUCAGGACAUUUGCAGUUGAGUUGGCAUAUCCAGGGAAGCCUGUCAUUCCGACUGGUAUCAUUACCACCAAGCCUGAAGGUGGUAUGUGGGUGAAGUUGAAGCAAGUUGAUGGAUAG